GGCACGGGGGAAAGAGAAUAGAACUCCGCCCCCAUUUUGUUUCCCCCAUCGUUCAAUGUCAACCAUCCAUCCAUCAGAUAGUAAUAAAUCAUACAGACCAUUCAAUACAAUACAAUACAAUACCAUACCACACCAUACCAUACCAUACAAUCCGACUACUUGGUACAAUACUAAUAAAUCCAUGAUUAUAAUACACACACAUACACACACACCCUUUUAAUAAUUCUUUCCACAUAAUUCCUCUUCACAGACCAUAAUUCCUUUCAUAUCACAUCUCGAAAUUAAAUAUUCAAUAUUAAACGACGGGGAACAAUCCUUCCCAUUUCGAGUAAUAUCAACCAUCGUCUUCCUCUUUGUCAACAUCUCCAUCGCCAUCGCCAUCGCCAUCGCCAUCGCCAUCGCCAUCGCCAUUCUCCAUUCUCCAUUCUCCCUCCCACUGACAACAUCGUCAAGACGAAACUGGUUUUCGAUUGUAAACAGACCGAGCAGCCAGAACGCGCACGACGGAACCACAUUCGACAUUUCGACAUUUCGACACUAUUCCCUAGCACCAGGAACUAGUACUAGUAAUACCUAUUAGGGUAGGUACUUUUGCGACAAGUCAUUACCCGCCCACUCGCCCACUGCCCACUGCCCACUGCCCACUGCCCACUGAUCUUAAAGUCAACCACCCAAAUCCCGACAAACCAACAGAAACAUCAAAACUCGGAUUCAGGUCAACUCAAGUACUUGCUUACGGUUUACGCUCUACCGUCUACCGUCUACCGUCUACCGUCCACAGUCUACGUACAGUCUACAGUCGUUUCCACUGUACCUUCCAUCUCGCCGCUGCUUCUUGAAAGGGGGAAAGAAAGAAGGACAUUCAAAUUAUGACGUGAAGACUUCCUUCCUUUUCUUUUACUUCAGCAACGAAAUUCGAAAUUCGGAAUUCGGAAUAUAUUCAUCGUCGCAACUCCCUUCUAUAAUAUACAUCCUCCUGCUUCUCGAUCCCUCCCUCCCGCCGAACAACCAUCCUUUUUCGAAUUCACAGGAACUCUCUUCUCCCUUCUCCCACGCCACCACCGCUAUCCUCUUUCUACAACAUUCCUCGAAUUGUUUCCAUUACCUACCUGUACAGUCUACAUUCCGAUCGAUUUCCAAUAAACUCCCCAUUCUGGCCCAUACCUGUUGAUUAUUUCUUUCUCAACCUGUACUCUAUUCUGUGGAGCGUUCACAAGCAUUCACAAGCAUUCACGGCAUCCGGCAACAUAAACGAUCUCGGUAUUGACUGGUUCAUUUCAUUCCAAUCCUUUUCCCUCGAGAAUCAACUUUGCGACAAGACGACGCGAAGCCAUUUCAUCUGAGAACAGAAAGAAAAAGACCGAUUCAUUUUCUGUAACGAAUGUCGCAAGACAGAUAAUUUCCGAAUCCAGCGCCAAAAAAGAAGAUCACUCAUCUUAAAUUGCUAAGCCGCGACAUUCCAACAAACAUCAUGUCGUACUCCAAUAGCGGUGGAGGCACUCUCACUCUGCCAUCACCCACACAUGCCCACCAUGUCGAUGUUACCUCAGCAGUCAGAUCGCUAAGACGCUCUUUAUCGCGCUCGCCAUCCAAGUUCCGACUGGUCACCAAAUCUCCAAGUUCAUCCCCCAAAUCUCCACUGUCGCCAUCUCCAGUGUCACCAUCCAAGCGCGCAUCUUCAUAUCCUGCGUUAUUCGCAAGCACAAAUACACCACAUACUCCAUCGCCCCUCGCUGUGCCAUUUCCUCCAAGCGCAAGAUUGGCACUUCGAUCCUCGUCGCGAGCCAAGACUGCCCCUCCUCGACAGGGUACCCGCCUACGUACCUCCCCCAGAAGUCCGAUGAAGCGGGCACUGAGCCAAACAAUUGAUACGGGUAACGCGACUCCAACACCGCUGGGUUAUAUGGGUGGACAAGAAAAUUUCGGAGGCAGCAGUCCGGCGGAGAGAAAGGCCCUCGAGAAACUCCCGAGAAUGCAAUUGAACCUGGAUGCCCAUGCGCCGGCCAACCAGGCAUUAUUGAGAUUAGGCGGUGACGGAGCUAGUGAUUGUAGUGCAUCCACUUCAAGUCCCCUGAAGCGCAGCGACCCUGUCAUGAAUCUGGAACAAGCGACCCUCGGAAGUCCAGUCGCAAAGCGCAGAAGUGUUCACGCUUCUGCCAACUUUGGUCAUGAUUCAAAUAUCUUUGAACAGCCACCAACACCACCUUCUCCAACAAAAUUUGAUAUUCACAGCGAUUUAAAUCACGAAUAUGAAUUAUCAGCCACAGUUGUGGGUUCGGAAAAUACCGCAUCUCCCUUCACCUCCACCCCUCGACGUUCCUCCUCUUUACGCAAAUCGACAUUACUUCAGAGGAAUGGCGAGAAGACUUCCUGGGGACGAAGACAUGCUGCUCAGCUUCUGGCUGCGCAGCAAUCUGCACAACAGCAGCCUUUUGCAAUUGCGAAUCAGGAUAUUGUUAGCCCCAGUAAGCAAAAGAAUCGUCCAAGAUUGUCAUUGGAUCAAUUUGUUGCACCCCUGGGCCGCGAUAGUCCGUUCAGCCACCAAGGUAACCUUCCAAAUGCUUCGAUGCAUAUGAUUAAUCAAUCACAACAACCUACCCAACACCAUACUCAUCAACCUCACCCACUCUCACGAACCAUGACGACCUCCUCUUCUAACUCGAGCAUCGCCGAGGAUUCACCUGUUCAGCAUGUUCCCGUCAACUUUGGUGGUAGCCAAAAACCUAAGAUUGAUUUCUCGAAAUCUUUACCAGCUGGAGCUCUCAGACCGUUCAACUUGGAUGCGCCUGAUGACUUCUCGACCCCCAAAAAUUUCAAAUCCGUCAAACCAUUACCUUCGGCUUUCAUGUCUACAGGUCUUAUUUCAAAGGUCAACAGAAGACCCGAAGAAGUCCAGAUGCUUCGUGGAAACACCAAGUCAAACGUUCCAGAUACCCCAUGCAAAAAGCAGAACAACAUUUUCGGCACUUACCCAGCCGCAGUUCCAACUAGUGCCAUCGCAAAGGCUAGACAGAUCCGCCAUUCAUUUGGUACCCCAUCUACUCCUUUCAAUCCCCAUGGAGUGCCAACUAUCGGUACCUUUGGAAAGGGCAACGGAGUCUUCGGAAGUGGUUUCGGCCAGCCACGAGGUUUGACUAGACGAGGUAGCUUUCUGAGUAUCGACGGAGAUGACGCUGGAUCCCCAGACUUCAAGACCGACAGCCAAAUCAGCGACUUUGACUUGCCACCAACUCCAACGAAGCAAGCUUCAAGCUUCUCUCAUUUUCAAAACGGUAGUCCCACAAGUCAUCGCUCGAUUCCCGCCUCAACAUCUGCCGUGGGUGGUUUUAGCUUAGGAAAAAUACCAAGAUCAAGCAGUAAGUUGAACCUCUCUACCAGUCCAGGCGAGCAGGAAGAGGGAGACAGUGAUACAUCCAUGGAUAUAAACGACUCUCCAACACCUGUCACUGCCGGACUGUCUUUCAGUACUUCCAUUUCUGUACCAUCCUUUUCCAGGUCCCGAGCAUUGCGGGGCCUACAAUCUCCUUCGCCGUUGAUGGCUAAAUCUCUUACUACUUCCUUUUUGAGUCCUUCAAGAAAGCCCGGUUUUGCUAAAAUUAGUCACGUGGCUCCAGCCAGUCCAUUGGAGCGUGUAGAUUUCAUCGAGAGAUUGUCGCCUUGUACACCUCACGACAAUAUGUUGUUCCCCGAUCCCAGCAGCCUUUCCAUCUCCAACCACAGAGAUGGUCAAGCGCAUCUAGGUGCCAACAGCGCUCCCGUUGCUCCACCUCCAGCUACACCAACCACCGGCCGAGAUUAUUUCAGUAAAACUAGCACCACCCCAAUUGCUAGUUUCCCACCCCGAGAUGUGGAUGAGUCCCUCGUAUCACGAUUCAACAAAAUCGAGAUGAUCGGUACAGGAGAAUUUUCUCAAGUAUACAAAGUCACCCAAAGUGCGCACAAGGCUUCAACAUUCAUGUUUGGUGAUUCGGUCGAUUCCCCAAUGACUGGCAGAACACCACCAACGCCUACACCAGACCGUGUCUUUGCUGUCAAGAAGUCAAAACAACCAUAUCAAGGUUUCAAGGAUCGAUCAAGGAAGCUCAAAGAAGUUGAGGUUAUCAAGGCACUUGGUCAGGCUGAUAAUGUCAUUCAUUAUGUCGACUUCUGGGAAGAGAAGAAUUACUUGUACAUUCAAACAGAGUAUUGUGAAGAAGGUAGUCUUGAUAUAUUCCUUUCCCAAAAUGGUCGAAAGGGCAGAGUAGAUGAUUUCAGAAUCUGGAAGAUUUUGCUUGAGAUCGGACAGGGCCUCAAACAUAUUCAUGACUCUGGCUUCAUUCAUCUUGACAUUAAACCCGCCAAUAUCAUGAUCACCUUUGAGGGUGUCUUGAAGAUUGGAGAUUUUGGCAUGGCAACUUCAUGGCCUGCUUCCGAUGCGAUUGAAGGUGAAGGGGAUCGUGAAUAUAUUGGACCCGAGAUCCUCCUUGGGCAAUACGACAAACCAGCAGAUGUUUUCGCUCUUGGUAUGGUCAUUUUCGAAAUCGCUACCAACGUAUACCUGCCCGACAACGGAAUAUCUUGGCAACGUCUAAGAUCCGGUGACAUGAGUGAAGCUCCAAGUCUUACUUGGAGUGAAGCUAGUAGCAUGCCCCGUGAUGCCAAUGGUAUCCCCAUUGUACCUAGCGAUGAUUCCAUGACCAGCGAUGACGAACUUGAAGCCGACUUUGGUUCACCAAUUGCUGCGAGCCGGAAACGAUUCACUUCAUCAUCCAGAUCGUUCGCUCACGACCCAAGUAACUUAUUUGGUUCUUCUAGACGAGGUGAACUUGAACAAGCCCCAGAAUUCAUGAGAGAUCCCCAUCAUGAAUGUACACUUGAUAAACUUGUUCGAUGGAUGAUCUCACCACGUCCUCAAGAUCGACCUUUGAUUCAUGAAGUGCUUGAAUCGCCAGGCCUUCAAUGGGUUAGCAAUAGGCGUCGUGCUGGUGCCACGGUUUUUGAAGGAAACUGGGGACCAGCAGAUGAAGUCUUAGAUGAUGCUGAGAUGAUGGAUGUUUAAAAUCUUUCAAGAUUUCGCUGCGAGCAUUCGCUGCUUACAUUAUCGCCAAGUACUCGCUCAAUCCUGGAUAGGACUUGACGGGAUUUGGAUUCACAUCAGUUUAAAUUUGAUCAUGUGUUUACGGCGUUCCCAGGAUACCAACGGCGUACCAAGCGAUAUCUACCUCUACUUUACGACCUACUACCUCUACGAUUCACGAUUUGCCUUCCUAGCCUUACGACCUUUACAAUUCUUGUAUAUAUUAUUCUUUGACACAUGAGUUUCCCGCUCAUUUUACACAUUCACGAGACCCACAGCAUCUAAAACAUACAACAUCAAAAUCAAAAAAGAAAAAAGAUAAUAUUUGGUGGGAUCACUGAUUAAGUUAUUGAACGAUUAUCAUGUCAAGAUUAUUAUGAAAGGAAAAAGAAGGCGAUUCUUAUUUACUUUUUACUUGUCUUUUUUUUUUUGCGAGUUGAUAAGCAAGCAUAUGGAUUUGUUUACAAAGAUAAAUAGUAUCUACUCUUGCUUGCUAUAGGCUUAACCAGAUUUUGGUUGCUUUGUAUUAACUAUAUCCCUUUUCGAAGGCUUUUACUUUGUUUUUUAUUUUCUUUUGUUUUCUACAUGCCUAGGUGCUCAAAUGUUGGUGCACAUGAGGUUAGAGAUGUUUUUUGUCUUUUAAUAGGGGAGUUGGAGGCAUUUCAUGAAUUCCUAAUCAUAUGGGAGGAUGGAAUGGAUUGAUUGAUUUGAUGGAUUGAUGGAUGGGGAAUAUCUGUGGUGUUUUUGUGCUAGUCUUCAAAGAUGGGAUCUGGAAUGGCAUGGGAUGGAUGGAUUGGGAGGAGUUUUUCAUUUGUUGAUUCUUCCUUUGUUUAUUGUGGUGGAGGUGAGGGUGGAAGUGGAAAUGGAAGUGGGGGAUGAUGGUUUGGUGUAUCCAGUGAGUGGAUGGAUGGAUGGAUACAUGGUGUAUGGUAGUGGAGAAUUGUAGAUAUAGAGAAUCCUAACCCCCAACCUCCUAAACACUUAAUGUGUGGAUGGAUGGAUGGAUGGAUGAGCAACUUAUUUGCUGAAUGAAUUGCUAGUUCA